AUGAAGACCUUUGGCCGUGAAGUGCGGAACUUGGCAUCCAGGAUCGAUCGAAGUGAUGAGCGCUAUCUGACGAUGAAAUCGGAGCUGGAAAAGUCUCAUCAGGUAUUGUGCUCUGCCUUGCAGAGAGAUCUUUUGAGUUGCCAAGCAGACCUCCAGAAGCUUCAGGCGAGCCUUGACGAGGGCAAGAAGGAGUCCGAGGUAUCUUUCCAGGCGCAAGCCGAGCAGCAGGAGAAGUACAACUUGGAUUUGCAUGAAAGAGCGGUUGCCCGAAUGGAUGAGCACCGGGAGGAAUUUCAGUUGGCGCAGCAGAGAGUUCACAAGGAACUGGAACAGCUGGAAGCUUGGAUGGUUAGACAGCACUCGAAUACAAUCGAAUACAUUGGUCAUGAUGACAUCAUGCCCUGUGAUAUGCAGCUUAUGACCUUAUGUUUGUUCGCGGGUCGACGCAUCUUUACAGAUGCUUGGGUCUGUGCCACGGCUGGACAUGAUUCAGCCAAAUCAGAUCAAAGAGCAGAGCAGUCAAGGUAUGUUCGAGGCAUCCGCGCUAGAAAGUGGAGCUUUCAGUUGGGACAAAGCUACAUCGUUGGACGUUCAGGGGGCUGUGUCGACAUCGAGAUUGAGCACAAUUCUUUAUCUCGGAAGCAUUGCUCCCUGGCGAUCACACAGGUAGAUGAUGACCUGAUCCUCGUAGCUUUGGACCAUGGAUCCACCAACGGCACCUUCAUCAACAAGUCCCGACUCGAAAAGGGAGUUGGUCUGAAGAUGAAAGUGGCGGACGUCAAGCAUAUGGUCUUUGGUGAAUGUGAAAACGGCUACAAAUUCCUGGUCAAAGAACAGGAGGAAAGUUUGGUUGAAAAGCCCAAGGCACAGAAAGCGCAGGGAACUGGUGCUUCAGCUGGUCCAUCACAGUGCGAUCUCCACGUGGACGCUUGGACCAGGGGAAACACCGACGCUGAAGCUGGCGCCGGCGCUGGCGCCGCGGCGAAGAGGAAACGUGGCCCCGGCGGCUCCGGUGGCCCCGGCUCCGCCGGAGGCGGCUCCGGAGGUGGCGCAGGAGGUGAGAAGAACAAGGCAGGUCCUAAUCGCCGAGAGCGAAGAGCAGCAGCGCGCGGCGAGGCGCCCCGGCCAGAUGCCUCGAAGAGCUCUUGGCGCUCGGCAGCACCUGAGGCGCUGGCGGAGCGCGUUUCCAAAAAAGCCAGGCCCAGGGGCGACUCCAAGCAGGAUGCCCUUGACAUUGAAUGGCCAGAAGAAUGGAAAUGA